GGGAAGAAAAAGAGAAAUAAAUUAAACAGCUUGUCAGUGCCUUUGGCCACGUUGGAAGAUGUCAUCUCAAACUAAGUUCAAGAAAGACAAAGAGAUCAUUGCCGAAUAUGAAGCCCAAAUAAAAGAGAUCCGCACGCAGCUGGUGGAGCAGUUCAAAUGCCUGGAGCAGCAGUCCGAGUCCCGCCUGCAGCUGCUCCAGGACCUCCAGGAGUUCUUCCGCCGGAAAGCUGAGAUUGAGCUCGAGUACUCCCGCAGCCUGGAGAAGCUGGCUGAGCGGUUCUCCUCCAAGAUCCGCAGUUCCCGCGAGCACCAGUUCAAGAAGGACCAGUACCUCCUCUCGCCCGUGAACUGUUGGUAUCUGGUCCUGCAUCAGACCAGGCGGGAGAGUCGAGAUCAUGCCACCCUCAAUGACAUCUUCAUGAACAAUGUCAUCGUCCGCCUCUCACAGAUCAGUGAGGAUGUCAUCAGACUCUUCAAAAAGAGCAAGGAGAUUGGCCUGCAGAUGCAUGAGGAGCUCCUGAAGGUCACCAAUGAGCUCUACACAGUCAUGAAAACCUACCACAUGUACCACGCGGAGAGCAUCAGUGCAGAAAGCAAGCUGAAGGAGGCUGAGAAGCAGGAGGAGAAGCAGUUCAACAAGUCGGGAGACCUCAGCAUGAACCUGCUGCGGCACGAGGACCGGCCCCAGCGCCGCAGCUCCGUGAAGAAGAUUGAGAAGAUGAAGGAGAAGAGGCAGGCCAAGUAUUCUGAGAACAAGCUGAAAUGCACAAAGGCCCGGAACGACUACUUGCUGAAUCUGGCAGCCACCAAUGCAGCUAUCAGCAAAUACUACAUCCACGACGUCUCCGACCUAAUCGACUGCUGUGAUCUGGGCUUUCAUGCCAGCCUGGCCCGCACCUUCCGGACCUACCUCUCGGCUGAGUACAACCUGGAGACCUCUCGCCACGAGGGGCUGGAUGUCAUCGAGAAUGCGGUGGACAACCUGGAUUCCCGAAGUGACAAGCACACAGUCAUGGACAUGUGCAACCAGGUCUUCUGUCCCCCGCUCAAGUUUGAGUUCCAGCCCCACAUGGGGGAUGAGGUCUGCCAGGUCAGUGCUCAGCAGCCCGUCCAGACGGAAUUGCUCAUGCGGUACCACCAGCUGCAGUCCAGACUGGCCACUCUCAAGAUAGAGAACGAGGAGGUUAGGAAAACCCUGGAUGCCACCAUGCAGACCUUGCAGGACAUGCUGACCGUGGAGGACUUCGAUGUCUCUGAUGCCUUCCAGCAUAGUCGAUCUACAGAGUCUGUGAAGUCGGCUGCCUCCGAGACCUACAUGAGCAAGAUCAACAUUGCCAAAAGGAGAGCCAACCAGCAGGAAACAGAAAUGUUUUAUUUUACAAAAUUUAAAGAAUAUGUGAACGGCAGUAACCUCAUCACUAAGCUACAGGCCAAGCAUGACUUGCUCAAGCAGACCCUGGGUGAAGGAGAGAGAGCAGAAUGUGGCACAACCAGGCCCCCCUGUCUUCCCCCUAAACCACAGAAAAUGAGGAGACCUAGGCCUCUCUCAGUGUGUAGCCAUAAACUAUUUAACGGCUGUAUGGAAGCGUUUAUUAAGGAUUCAGGACAAGCUAUACCGCUUGUAGUCGAGAGCUGCAUCCGGUACAUCAAUUUAUACGGACUCCAGCAGCAAGGGAUCUUCCGAGUACCAGGAUCUCAGGUCGAAGUCAAUGACAUAAAAAAUUCCUUUGAGAGAGGCGAAGACCCCCUUGUGGAUGAUCAAAAUGAACGAGAUAUCAAUUCAGUCGCUGGUGUUUUAAAACUGUAUUUCCGAGGACUGGAAAACCCACUCUUUCCUAAGGAAAGGUUUCAAGAUUUGAUAUCUACUAUUAAACUGGAGAACCCAGCUGAGAGGGUGCACCAGAUCCAGCAAAUCCUCAUCACCCUUCCCCGAGUGGUCAUCGUGGUCAUGAGAUACCUCUUUGCUUUCCUCAACCACCUCUCGCAGUAUAGUGACGAGAACAUGAUGGAUCCCUACAACCUGGCCAUCUGCUUUGGGCCCACCCUCAUGCACAUCCCUGAUGGGCAGGACCCUGUGUCCUGCCAGGCACACGUCAAUGAAGUCAUCAAAACCAUCAUCAUCCAUCAUGAAGCCAUCUUCCCCAGCCCCCGGGAGCUAGAGGGACCUGUGUAUGAAAAAUGCAUGGCUGGAGGGGAAGAAUAUUGUGAUAGUCCACACAGCGAGCCAGGGACUAUCGAUGAAGUUGACCACGACAAUGGCACAGAGCCUCACACCAGUGAUGAAGAAGUGGAGCAGAUCGAGGCCAUCGCCAAGUUUGACUACGUGGGGCGGUCCCCACGUGAGCUGUCCUUCAAGAAGGGGGCCUCGCUGCUUCUGUACCACCGCGCCUCAGAGGAUUGGUGGGAGGGUCGUCACAAUGGCGUGGACGGACUCAUCCCACAUCAGUACAUAGUCGUACAGGACAUGGAUGAUGCCUUCUCCGACAGCCUGAGCCAGAAGGCUGACAGCGAGGCCAGCAGUGGGCCACUGCUGGAUGACAAGGCCUCCUCCAAAAACGACCUCCAGUCGCCCACGGAGCACAUCUCGGAUUACGGCUUUGGGGGGGUGAUGGGCCGAGUGCGGUUACGAUCUGACGGAGCGGCCAUCCCCAGGCGCCGAAGCGGGGGCGACACCCACAGCCCACCCCGGGGCCUGGGCCCCAGCAUAGACACACCGCCCCGGGCCGCCGCCUGCCCCAGCAGCCCCCACAAAAUCCCCCUCACCCGGGGGAGGAUCGAGAGCCCUGAGAAGCGGAGGAUGGCGACAUUUGGGAGUGCCGGCAGCAUCAACUACCCUGACAAGAAGGCUCUCUCGGAAGGGCACUCGAUGAGGUCAACAUGCGGCUCCACCAGGCACAGCAGCCUGGGGGACCACAAGUCCCUGGAGGCUGAGGCCCUGGCAGAAGACAUCGAGAAGACCAUGAGCACGGCUCUGCACGAGUUGCGGGAACUCGAGAGACAGAACACGGUCAAGCAGGCGCCAGAUGUGGUGCUGGACACCCUGGAGCCCCUGAAGAACCCGCCGGGCCCCAUCAGCUCCGAGCCCGCCAGCCCCCUGCACACCAUCGUCAUCCGCGACCCGGACGCCGCCAUGCGCCGCAGCAGCAGCUCGUCCACCGAGAUGAUGACCACGUUCAAGCCCGCCCUGUCGGCGCGUCUGGCCGGCGCGCAGCUGCGCCCGCCGCCCAUGCGGCCCGUGCGGCCGGUGGUGCAGCAUCGCUCCAGCAGCAGCAGCAGCUCGGGCGUGGGCAGCCCGGCCGUGACGCCCACCGAGAAGAUGUUCCCCAACAGCUCCGCGGACAAGUCGGGCACCAUGUGACCUACAGCACGGGGCGGCGCCGCCACGGCUGAGGGGGGCCUCU